CAUCGGAGGAGGAGGCGGGAUGAGAUGAGGAGGAGGCUGAUCCGGGUCCGACUAUGAUGAAGCAUCCAUAGAUUAUAUAUUUUGAUAUAUUUUAACAAACGCAAAGUUUUUAAAAUGUAACGCUUUAGCUCAACACGUGACAUCCGCUUUGUCGCCUCUGAAAGGCAGGACUGCUUCCAACACGUUGGAAGAUUGCCGAAACAUCGAGAACAUCAACACUGAGUAGAUGCUCCUGCGGUUCUAAAGCCAUACAAAGCCUGGACAUUAUUUAAUUGCUGACAAAGGGAUUAACUGAUGUUUGGUUGCGUUAAAUCCAAAUGGGCUUUUUAAAAAUUAAAUCCCUUAAUAUGUUGUGCUGCAUUUAAUUAAGGUAGCACAGCAGCAACCUAGCUAGCAGCGAUUGGGUGCAGCCAGUUUAUAGUCACGUUAUUUUGUCUCCCUUCGUUUGAAAAGUUUCUUCAGUUUGGCUCCGAGUGACCAAACCAGUCCAGUCCUAAGCCGAGCACAACCCCGGAGUUGAUCCUUACUAGACCAGUGCUAGCCGAAGCUAGCAGGCGCUAUCCUUGGCUGCUGCUAGCUAGCUCGUAGCUCUCAGUCAUCAUCAUCGUCAUGCAGGUUCAGGCGCGUUUGCUCCGGUGAGGCUUUGCACGUCACCGACAUGCACCCACGGCCGCCGACACGUCAGACCAUGUCGGAGUGAAACCUGCGCCGGAGGCACAGCGAGAAGGGCGGCUGCAGAGGGAGUAGCUGCACCAACCAGCCAGCAACAAUGGGCGAGCAGCCCAUCUUCAGCACGCGGGCCCACAUCUUCCAGAUCGACCCGGCCACCAAGAAGAACUGGGUGCCCACCAGCAAACACGCCGUCACCGUCUCCUACUUCUUUGACAGCAGCAGGAAUGUGUACCGCAUCAUCAGCCUGGACGGAUCCAAGGCCGUCAUCAACAGCACCAUCACCCCCAACAUGACCUUCACCAAGACCUCGCAGAAGUUCGGCCAGUGGGCCGACAGCCGGGCCAACACCGUCUACGGCCUGGGCUUCUCGUCCGAGAGCCACCUCAGCAAGUUCGCAGACAAGUUUGCCGAGUUCAAGGAGGCGGCGCGGCUCGCCAAGGAGAAGUCCCAGGAGAAGAUGGAGCUCACCAGCACGCCCUCUCAGGGCGGCGCUGUAAAAAGGAACGUGUCGCCCGCCAUCACACACGUUUUUAAGAAGGAGUCCACCACUGCCCCCCCGCAGUCGCCUUUGACCUCCGAGAGCGUGAACGGCACCGAGGACGAGAGGGCGGUGCCCGACGCGCCGCACGCCGCCGAGGCCCGAGGAGGAGCAGAACCUUCCCACAACGCGCUUCCCUUCUCUCACAGUUCACCCGGCCUCAGCAAGCACUGGGAGGCGGAGCUGGCGGCGCUGAAGGGCAACAACGCGAAGCUAACGGCGGCGCUGCUGGAGUCCACGGCCAACGUGAAGCAGUGGAAGCAGCAGCUGGCCGCCUACCAGGAGGAAGCCGAGCGGCUGCAUAAACGGGUAGGACCGCGCCAGCCUCGCCGGCCGCUCAUCUGUCGGGCGUGCCUUUUUACCGCUUUUUACUUUCCCCCCGCCCCAAACGUGGCACCAGGUGACAGAGCUGGAGUGCGUCAGCGGCCAAAGCGCCACGGCGAGGUCCGACAAGACGGAGCUGAACCGCACCAUCGGGGAGCUGGAGGUGGCACUGAAGGCCAAGGAGGACGAGUUGGAGCGUCUGAAGAUGGACGUUCAGAGUGCCAACCAGUUUCACUCCCAAAGAGACUCCCUCACACACAAACUACAGGCCGUGGAGCUGAGGAACCAGGCGCUGGAGGCCCAGCUGGACGAGCUGGAGCAGCGCGUGGAGGCCGACCAGCGCGAGAGGGAGGUCUUCCGCCAGAGCCUGCGCUCGCUGCUGCAGCUGCUGGACGGUAAGAUCUUGGAGCUGAGCGAGCUGAGGGAGGCUCUGGCCAAGCUGCUGGAGUGCAGCUAGGAGCCGCGCGGCCGCCGCCAUGUUUACACCUUUUGUUUGCCACGCUCACUCGGAUCGUUUACAAGAGCCAAGUUGAAACAGCUUGGAUCCGUCUUGCCUUCCUGGAACGUUUGGACUUUUUGCUUCUUCAAUCGUGAACUGUUUUUGUUUGGAAAAACACGCUCCAAUGACAUCAUCAGCCAAAUGAACCAAUCACGCGCCAGGUACGCUAUUCUCUGGUCGCACACAGGAGGGCGACAGUGAGCAAUACAAAGAGGACGCUUUGUUUAUCAAGUCACUUUCAGGUACUUUUGACUUUAAAAAAUGAUUCUGGUGCACUUGUUAAAAAAAAAAACUAACUUGUUGCCACUUGAAGUGCAAUGAUUGAUCAUCUCUGGUACUUGUGUGUUUUUUUUAUUACUAUUUAAAAAAUGGCAAUAUUUUCCACUAUUUAUCAAGAUUUUUUUUUGCCAAAUGUUUUCCUUGUUUUUUUGCUGAUGUUGCCUUUUGGUGCAGAGAUGCAUCAGUGGUAGCGAGCUACACUGAUAUUUUUUUCUUUUUUCAUUGUGGGAUUUUUUUUUUUUCCUCUUGCCAAAAAUGAGAAACACUUUUGCUAUCCAAGGGCUCGUCAUCAGUUUGAGAGGUAUGACUAUUUGAAUAAAUGAAUUUACAUGUAAAUGCUUACUCAAUUGUAACUUCUCAGUUUCUCGUAAAACCUCAACCAAAUUAAAUAAAACAAUUUUGGGAAGAAA